AUGGAGGCCUAUGUGAAGCCUGGAGCUAUUGGGCAACCAAUGGAAUUGCUACUGGUAACAACUAUACUUCCAAAGCUUUAUCCAUAUAACAACCAGCGCAACACAACCAUUUGCGCUGUAAACAUUUCGAAAGCACACGGUAACGAAAAUAACUGUGAUCUUUCUAUCAUUAUUUUUGCUGCUCUUUUCAAGGAUGUUCCUGCAAUCGAAAAGCAAAUUAUGAGCAACAUUCCGGUCGAGGUUGGUUUUGAAAUGUAUGCGGACUUCGAGCAUUACUCCAGUGGAAUCUACAGGCACACGGCUGGUGAGUAUCUCAGUGGAAACGCAGUGAAGAUGCUCGAUUGGGGAACGGAGAAUAGCACGGACUGUUGGAUUUCCGCUAACUCGUGGAAUUCCGUUUGGGGAGAGUCUGCCUCGUUGCUUUAG